GCAAACCGCAGAGGCGCGGGCGGGGAGAGCUGCCGUCCUGUGCGAUGAAAGGUGUUGCUGCAAGGAGCCGCCGGGUGACGACGGGGCAGGUACUGAGUUUCUUGGUUUUGCUCGGCGUUUUCGACUGGGCUUCCGCCGCGAUCCGCUAUGCGAUUCCCGAGGAGGCGCGGAGAGGCUCCGCAGUGGGAAACGUGGUAGCUGACCUAAAGCUGGACCUCGGGCGGCUGGCGGAUCGCCGGCUCCAGGUCGUGUCCGGCGGCAGUAAGAAGUACUUCAGGGUGGAUCUAAAGAGCGGCGCGCUGCUCGUGGGCGAGCGGAUAGACCGAGAGGAACUCUGCGGCACCGUGUCUCCCUGCUCCUUGAGCUUUGAGAUCUUGGUGGAGAAGCCGCUGGAACUGUAUAGCGGCGUCGUAGAGAUCCAGGAUAUCAAUGACAACGACCCAGUUUUCCCGAGCAGACAGACGAGGCUGGAAAUCAGCGAGUCGGUGGCGCCCGGGGCGCGCUUCCCGCUAGAGAGCGCACAAGACGCCGAUGUGGGAAUUAACUCUUUGCAGACUUACCAGCUGAGUGCCAACCCGCAUUUUGUCCUGGAUGUGCAGACGAGGGGAGAUGGUAGCAAGCAUGCAGAGUUGGUUCUAGAGAAGGAGCUAGAUAGGGAGGAGCAGCGGGAACUUCUCUUGGUCCUGACCGCGCUCGAUGGAGGCAGCCCGCCRCGGUCUGCUAGCGUGCAGAUCCACAUUGACGUUGUGGACGCCAACGAUAACGCCCCAGUCUUCAACCACUCCACCUACAAGGCGAGCGUGAAGGAGAACACGCCCAGUGGCACCCUGGUGGCCAAGAUCAGCGCUUACGAUCUGGAUGAUGGGCCCAACGGAGACAUCGUCUACUCUUUCAGCAGCCACACAUUGGCAAAGGUGCGAGAACUCUUCUCAUUGGACUCGGCCACGGGAGAGCUGAAGGUCAAAGGGCAGCUGGACUAUGAGGAAACGAAGCUGUACGAGAUUUAUUUACAAGCUAAAGACAAGGGCGUCGUUCCUGGCGUAGCUCAUUGCAAAGUGCUGGUGGAAGUCGUGGAUGUGAACGACAAUGCUCCGGAGGUGACAGUGACCUCUGUGUAUAGCCCUGUGCCUGAGGAUGCUGCCCCAGGGACAGUCGUAGCUCUGUUGAGCGUAACAGACCUGGACUCCGGGGACAACGGUCUGGUGAACUGCUUUAUUUCCCCCGGGAUCCCAUUCGCACUCAGCUCCUCCCUCAAAAACUACUACACGUUGAAAACGAAAGAGGCUCUGGAUCGCGAAGAAGCAUCAAAGUAUAACAUCACUAUCACUGCCAGGGACUUGGGCUCACCACCYUUGUCUGCAGUAAAAUACCUCCUAGUUCAGGUUUCGGACGUCAAUGACAACGCACCCAAGUCUCUCCAGGASCACUACGACGUAUAUGUGCCGGAGAACAACGUAGCUGGCAUCCCUAUCCUAAACAUAAGUGCCACAGAUCCGGACCUGGGGCCCAACUCCCGUCUCUCGUAUGUCCUUCUUCAGGGUGACCCUGCAGUGAGCCGCCUCUUCUCCAUCAACCAGGAGAAUGGCACCCUCUUCCUGCUCGCCUCCCUGGACCAUGAAGACCAGGUGAAGUUUAGCAUGAUGGUGCAGGUCCAUGACGGUGGUUCUCUACCGCUGUCCACCAACCUAUCGGUCAAUGUAUUUGUCACAGACCUCAACGACAACGCCCCAGUCGUGCUGUAUCCUCGUCCCAACUCGACUGACGUGGUGGAGCCAGGCACUCCCGCCAGGCAUAUGGUCACCAAAGUGGUGGCUGUGGAUCCAGACGUGGGGUAUAACGCCUGGAUYUCGUACACCUUGCUGCAGGCUACUGACCCCAGUCUCUUCUCGGUUGGGCUGCACAGCGGAGAGGUCCUCACAGCACGACAACUCCGAGAGGAUGAGACGCCCCAACACACGCUGGUCAUCCUGCUGAAGGACCACGGAGAGCCUGCGCUGUCUGCCAGCGUCACCGUCACCAUCUCCGUGGAUGAGAUGGUCAAAGAGACACUCAUUGACCUCACGGACAUGGCGCCCGCCCACGACUCCAGGAGGCACGUGACUUUCUAUCUCAUCCUGGCUGUGAUUUUAGUCUCGGCGGCUUUCUUCAUCACCGUAGUGUCCGUGGGCAUUUUCAAGUGCUACAAAUGGAGGCAGUCGAAGGAGCUGUUCAACAACUCCAGGAGCACCCUGUACAGGACGCCGGGGCCUUUCCACCACAUCGAUGCUGUGCGAGGUGGCAUCACACCGCCCAAUUUCUACCAUCAGGUUUAUCUCACCACAGACUCCCGCCAGAGCGAUGUCCUGUGCAAAAAGCCCUUCACUUCCAGCCCCCUGGGGAGCCGCCAGAACACCAUGAGGAAUGGAGAGCCGGGACUGUACCAUCAGAUCGUGGGCACGGCCAGCCGGCUCCCCAAGCCCGCCGAGCAAGCUCAGCCUAACACAGACUGGCGCUUCUCUCAGACCCAGAGACCUGGAACCAGUGGCUCCCAGAAUGGAGAGGAAGGUGGAGCUUGGCCGAAUAACCAGUUUGACACGGAAAUGCUUCAAGCCAUGAUCCUGGCUUCAGCGAACGAAGCUGCCGAUGGGAACGCGACUCUGGGCGCAGGAACGGGCACCAUGGGCCUGAGCGCCCGCUACGGCCCCCAGUUCACCCUGCAGCACGUCCCCGACUACCGGCAGAACGUGUACAUCCCGGGCAGCACCGCCACGCUCACCAACGCCGCGGGCAAGCGCGACGCCAAGAACGCCGGCUCCGCCGGUGGCAACAAGAAGAAGUCCAACAAGAAGGAGAAGAAGUAGGGUUGACAGGAGACCAUCUGCAGCUUAGAUCUACAGGGCAGACCGCUCCAGCACUCCCCCAAAUCACAGCCUAGGACGGAGGAUGAAUGUGAAUCUUGCGACACUAAAGUAGGAAAAGCGACGAAUGUAUCUCAUCAUCAGAGCUAGGAGUAGGGUCUCGCUACUGUUAGAUCUCAUGAUGAAACUCAAUCUGGAAACAAAACCUAACAAAACAAAACAAAACAAAAAAACAAGUGCCCUGUUAAUACUAGCUAAUAUUUUAUACAGUCCCUCGGGUAAUGGAAAUAUGCAAGGGUGGAAGGUCUUUUAACCAUGUCUUUGGAUUCGAUUUGCUCCCCGAUAGUCUGAGAAAGGCACAAGGCUUGUGCUUGGCUUCGCCUAGUGUAAAUAAUUUUAACAUUUUUUUUUUAAUUGAUAGACAUUUGAUCAUUUGUGGAAGGAGAAAGUUCCUAGGUUGGAGCCCAUGUUCAAGAUUUUGCUGUUUAUCUUUCUAUUAGUAAAGUUCACUCUGAGUUAGGGAUUUCGUGCUAAGAAGUUGGGAGGGAGUGCUUCAGUUCCUGUUUACCUGUUAUCUUAAAAAAAGUAAGUGUUUAUAUUGCAUGAGUCAAAGGGAAUACGGUAAAGCUGCAUCCUAAACAUUUUUUUUUUAGUGCAACCAGUGAUGGCCUGAAAUAUAAUACUAAAAGUCACCAUGUCUGAGAGACAGGGAAUUCGAUCUAACCACGGUGGAAGAGUGUUCUACUCUCUACCAAGGUGUACAAAAGCUGUCCUAACGAUUACAGAGGUCUCUAAAGAGCAGACACAUCUCAUACGUUCUUUGCAGUAAAUAUUUAUAUGUACAGUAAAUGUUUUCUUUUCUGGAAUUAAAGUUAAGAAAGUCUUAGUGCCCUGCUGCGAGAUAGGAGCUGCAGCUCCUUCAAGCAGUGACAUAGCUGAGGCCUUACCGAGGCCUUGGGCUACUUGAGUAAGUUUUGAUCUGCUUGUAGGGAACGGAGACCAAGCUUCACAUUUCUGCACAUCAGUGUCUGCAUGCAAAUUACUCACUUCACAUCUCCAGUAGAGCAGUGAACUCCACGGAUGUAGAGAAGUCAUUGCAUGCCCAUGCAAGCAUGGUAUAAAUACGCCGGCAGAUAAACGAGUCUAAGUGCAGAUUGAGCAGUGUCUAUCUAGGGUUCAGUUGGGUUCAGUAACACAAGAUGGGGAGAGUUGGAGAGGCCCUGCUCCCAAAGGGGUGUUGAUGAGAACUGCCUGUGAGUAGCUGUGGUUCCUUGGCCUUCAGCAUUGGCUGCUGAGUAGGUGACAGCUGGUUUGGUGGCACUGGGUGGUCAGACCUGUGUAAGGGACACGAGACCUGGAAAUGAGUGUGUGUGGUGUUGCCUGCAAAGCCAGUGAGCCUGGGUGGAGAUGGAGUUGGUUGGAGACCUGGGGCUCAGAGGAUUCUGGCUCCCUGCGGGUUGCUCCACCCAGACAGGUAGAUGGGACUCAACCCAGGCUGGACCUGCAGCCCAGUUUGUGUUUGAUGUUACCACUGGCUUUGGACUCUCCACCACACAGCUGGAGCAGAAGGACCAGGAAUGGGAUUUCUGCACCACGUGCCCUUCACCUCUCUGUCCCUUCUCCUGCUGGUAUAAACGCCACAAAGGGAAGGUGCCUUGUGCCCACAGCCCCACAUCAGCCUGGUCUUGGGGUCUCC